AGAGUUGCGAACGAGAAGCAGAUUCGUGCUCAACAAUUUCACAACAUCGCAUCGCAGGACGAUAAAUAAAAUGUUGUCCUUCAAGGCGCGCAAAUUGGUCGGUAGCUGGACGUUGCAAAUAUUGCGUAGCUCAAGCAUUCCCACGAGAAACUAUGGUUCGGAUAAAAAAUUCAGCAUCAAAGAUGAGGUGCUCGAUGGACGGCCACUUUACUUGGAUGCCCAGGCCACAACGUCGAUGGAUCCCCGGGUUCUCGAUGCUAUGAUGCCAUACAUGACCGCAUACUAUGGAAAUCCCCAUUCGAGAACUCACGCUUACGGUUGGGAAUCGGAAGAUGCAGUUGAGAAGGCCCGUUCGCAGGUUGCGUCGCUAAUCGGUGCCGAUCCGAAAGAAAUUGUUUUCACAUCUGGUGCGACUGAAUCGAACAACAUCUCCGUGAAGGGCGUUGCGAGGUUCUAUGGAGCGAAGAAAAAGCAUGUCAUCACCACCCAGACCGAACACAAAUGUGUCCUGGAUUCAUGCCGAGCACUUGAGGGCGAAGGGUUCCACGUGACCUACCUUCCGGUUGAAUCGAACGGUUUGAUCAGCAUGGAGCAGCUGGAAAAAGCGAUUACACCCGAAACUUCGCUCGUCUCUGUGAUGUCGGUUAACAAUGAAAUUGGUGUAAAGCAACCCGUUUCGGAAAUUGGACGGCUCUGCAAGGCGAAGAAGGUGUUCUUUCAUACGGAUGCCGCACAAGCGUUGGGAAAGAUUCCGAUUGAUGUGAACAAAAUGAAUAUCGAUUUGAUGUCCAUCUCCGGCCACAAGAUCUACGGUCCGAAGGGAGUAGGGGCGCUGUAUGUACGUCGGCGACCACGUGUCCGUGUCGAAGCGAUUCAGAGCGGCGGUGGCCAGGAGCGAGGCAUUCGUAGCGGUACCGUCCCAACUCCUCUCGCCGUGGGCCUAGGGGCAGCCUGUGAAAUUGCAAGCCGAGAGAUGGAGUACGAUCACAAGUGGGUAACAUUUCUAUCGCAACGGCUCAUGGACAAAAUCUAUGCAGAGCUACCACAAGUCAUAAGGAAUGGCGAUCCGGUUCAGUCGUAUCCCGGAUGCAUCAAUCUCUCGUUUGCUUACGUCGAGGGCGAAUCGCUCCUGAUGGCUCUCAAGGAUGUGGCCCUUUCCAGUGGAUCAGCAUGCACAUCGGCUUCGUUGGAACCGUCAUACGUUUUGCGCGCGAUAGGAACGGACGAGGAUCUUGCACACAGCUCCAUCCGGUUCGGGAUUGGUCGAUUCACAACGAUUGAGGAGGUGGAUUACACAGCAGACAAGUGCAUCAAACAUGUAACCCGUCUACGGGAAAUGUCUCCGCUGUGGGAAAUGGUGCAGGAAGGUGUGGAUCUGAAAAGCAUCAAGUGGUCGCAGCAUUGAUUUGGACGGUCGAGCAGCAUCAGCAGAAACGGUUUAUUGCAUGUUAUUCUUUUGAACAAGAUCCCGAGAUUGCUGGGAUUAACCUGAAUUAGCAUAGCGAGGUGGUGUUAGUCGAAAACGGUUGCUUCGUUUUCUCCUCGUUGUAUUUCGACUUUGAGGAAUAAAUUGUAUGUUAAUGGAAAUAAAUCAAAAGCUUUA